AUGAUGGUUCAAAACUACAAUGAUGAUGAUGUGGCAGUAUUUAAUCUACUUCGGCUAUCUGAGAGAUACUACAACAUAGCUAAAAAAAAUGUUUUACUGUGUACCACUGUCAAAGGGAAUAAAAAUUACAGAAAGUUGAUUUUUCUUUCCAUUAAAUCUUUGAAGAUUAUCUUGAAAACUUAUCACCAUAGCAUAAAUCCCCAAAUCAGAACCAUUGUAUUGCUCAAACUUAGUUCAAUGUAUUAUGAAGAGACAGAAAAUUAUGAAUUGGCAGAAACGUAUCUCAAUGGGUGUUUCAAUAUCUUAAACUCACACUCCAUGAAGAGGUUUGAAUUGGUUGCAAACAUCUUACUCAUAAAAGUUCUUCACAAAACCGACAGAAACUAUUGCUUCAUCAAACUUAAGAACUUAAUGCAACAAUAUGGCUCCUCUCCGAAUUGUUUGGCUGUGUUGAACAUCGUUAAAAUUCAUUAUUUCAAAGACAACUUCGAAAUUAGCCCAACUACAGAAUCUUUGAUCAGACAAUCAAACGAUGAAUUACAGGCAUACUUUUAUGUAUUAUUAUCCCAUCAUUACCUUAAUAACAAUAAUUUACAAAGGUAUGGAGAGUGUUUCGAAGUUAUAGAUUCCGUUUUGGAUAGUUCAUCUACUCAAGCAAGAUCACCAAAUUAUUACAAAUUGAAGACUAUGGCAUUUUUCCUUAGAUUCAUUGAAUACUAUCUAACAGGUAAUCACGCCCAACUUGAGCUGUUACUUGCUGCGGCUCCUAGAUUUGGAUCGGAAGCUAAACCUGGUUGGCAAGUAUUAGAUCCUUGUUUCACCUUGAAAAUUGAUAUCUCCGAAAACUUGACACAAACGUCUUUCGUAGAAUUUGAAGUAGACUGGAUUUGUCGUGAUUUGUUUUUGUCAUUGUUUUAUAUUCAUAUGGGAGUAGUACUGAUAUAUGACAAAGGUCUUUCGAGAGCAAUAUCUGGAGCAAGCUUUCAAAGUAAGUCUUUCAAAGAUAAAUUCGAAUAUCGCUCUUCCCACGAAAUCCAAGGAUCAAAUGCUUUUUUCGAUUCUUCAUUAAAUAAAUUUCAGAACUAUUAUCAAAAGUCACAAGAGAUAUACCUAACCACGUCAUAUUAUACAGCUUGGAAUAACUUCCUUCAAAAUAUCAAAAUUGAUGCCGCUGCAUUAAGUAUUGAACGUCCAAAUAAUGGUUUCGAAAGGAAAUUCAAUAGAAAAGUCCUCUAUCUUGAAUCAUUAUGCUCUUCAAGACUGGAAGAAUUCGAUUUUGAAGACAUAUUAAAUAAUUUGGAAAGCGUUAUCGACGGUCCAACGAAUGAUCUUACGGUAUAUGCUUUGUUACAAUCGUUGAAUUUCCUCAAAUGGUAUCUUGAAAUUGUUGGAAAAGUCCCGGAAAAGGCAAACGCUGUCCACAAAAUGAUCCUCGAGAGAUCAAUAAAGUUGGAGAAGAUGCUCAACGGGAACCUACAGAAUGGAUCUCUAAGAAGCUUCAAGGAUUAUGUAAAGUCGAAUAUUGACCUCAGUAGUUUGGUUUCGUCAUUAAGCGUUAUCUUAGAGCUUUCCAGCCCAUUUCACAGUAAGUUCGGAACAGAAUUAGGCAGGAUUGAUAUAUCUGAAAUACGUUGCUUCUAUAGUGUCGUUGUUGCUGGUUUAACAAGGGCUUUGUUAUCUGAAAAUGACGCCGAAUUUGCUGUUCAAAGUAAGUAUAUUUCCAACUUGGUCCUAAGAGUGUCAAAUCAUGAGGAACAGCCUUGUCCUCCUUGUAUUCAAAAUGGAGAUUUUAAACAUAUCGCUACAUGUGCCGCUGAGGUCUUCCAUCUACAUUCAGGUGGCACCGAUGAUACAAGAGAGAUAAUCAAACGUAUCAAAAAUAGUUAUGAUGCUUGUUUGCCUGGUCCUCGGGGACUAAAUAAUUACGAGAUGUUCAUAAACACCAAAUGA